AUGCUUCAAAAUGCACAAUUGUCACGAAACAUCAACGGCGUGCACACGGAUGUUGUCCUGCAGACCUUUUCAGACCGCAUCAUUGUUCUCGUUACCCAAGUCGGCAAAGUAGGAAACCUCCAUUUGCGCCCUGAUCUAUCCGUGCGAUGGAGGGAGAGCCUCGUAUAUGAGCUAUACUUCUGUUCGACUGCUACCCUCUGUGGCCGAGAGUAUCGUUGUCCGGCUUACCCAAAGACACCCCUUGUUUCUUUGGCCAUUCUCGAACUGACAGUUCUUCACCUCCAGAUCCAAGCCACCCUCCCCUCAACGAUCCCCCUCCUUCCCGCUCCCCCACCCCCACCCCCAUCUUCCGAUCCCAACUCCCAUCCCACAUCUCCACUCCAAACUCCACCUCACCGCCCCCUCCCUCCUCCCCACCCCUCAACCGAACUCACCUCUCUCCUCGGCAGCGCCCCCACCCCCUCCCUCCAAGCCCUCCACUCCCUCUACACCUCCCACAUCGCCACCAUAGUCUGGACUACAGAGUCCGGGAUGAUGGGACAGGGCCGGAGGGGCGUCGUCGUCGGUCUUGCGCUUAAAAGAAGUCCGAAUGCGAAUGCGGGUGCGGGGAGAGGUGGUGGUGGUGGUGCAGAUGCGGAGGAGGGAGCGAGGAUGGGAGAGGGGGAUACGGAGUUGUUUAGGAGUGUUAUGGAUAUGUGUGCCAACAGGCGACAGACGGACGAUGAACAAUUUACAGCGAGGACGACAGACGACGAAAGAAAGCAAGGACGUGAACGAGAUGAACCGGACGGAACGGUACACACUUUUGUAGCUGCACUGCCGACUAACACACUGGAGCCAAAACAGCCCGAGAUGAGGCGAAAGGAAGCAGGAGAGAAAGACGGAUGA